GGUAGAGAGGCUGCCCGGGCCCGCGACGGAUCCCCGGGCGCAGCAGGAAGCCCAGCCCGCCCCGCAGCAGCCGCAUCCCGGCUCCUUACCGGCGGACUCGCCAGCGGUAGAGUAGUGAAGCCGGUCGUUAGGCCGGGGCCGCUCGACCGGAAGUGCUUAUGGGGGACUCUUCCUGUCACGGACGCGCUCCCCCGGCGCGCGGGGCCGGCAGGAAGGUUCCGCCCGUGGUGCGACCCCUGCUGGCCGGGAGUCGAAUGUUCCUCGCUUGAGCGUCCCGAGAGCGGAGUCCGGUCCGCGCUGCUUCUCCCGCCGACGUCCGCGAGUGCCUGCUCAAUUCAGAAGACCACGGAAUAGAAUUCUUCCAGCUUGAACGUUUGUUCUUUGGGCAACCAUGUUGAAACAAGCUCUUAAAUCCGGAUCGCUUCCUGGAUCCGCUUCUCAUCGUGAUCCCAGUCUCGGAGAGCCAUGCCCGGAUCCCCCUCUAAGGCAACGGAUUCUCAAAGGGUUCUUCCGGAGAGACGUUUUAUUCGGCAGUGCUUUGCUAAUCAGGCUGGGCCUGACGUUUUACGGGAUCUACCAGGACAGAACGAUGCCGGUGAAAUACACAGACAUCGAUUACCAGGUUUUCACCGAUGCCGCCGGAUACUUAGCGGAAGGAAAGUCCCCUUACCAGCGGGCCACGUACCGCUACACUCCCCUCCUGGCUUGGAUGUUAACCCCCAACAUUUACGUCAGCGACUUGUUUGGCAAGAUCCUUUUUGUGGCUGGGGAUCUGGUGGCUGCCUUCCUGAUCGACCAGAUCUUGCUCCUCCGCGGGCUGGACAGCCGGACGUCUUGUGGUUGCUGCGCCUUCUGGCUCUUUAACCCGCUUCCCAUGACGGUGUCCAGCCGAGGCAACGCCGAGUCGCUCGUUGCCAGCCUGGUCCUUGGCACACUCUAUUACCUGGCCAAGAAGCAUCUGGUGAAGGCGGCUGUGCUAUACGGCCUCGCCGUACAUAUGAAGAUCUACCCCGUGACUUACGCGCUGCCUUUUGUUCUCUACCUGCAAAGCAACACACAAGGAGCAGAACUGGACAAACGGAAAGGGAAGGGAGCUUGCCCAGGCCACCUCCUUCGGCGGUUCUCGAGCUGGUUCACACGGGACAUCCUGAUCUUUGCCACCAUCUCCGGGGCCACCUUUGCCGCCCUAGGUCUUGCCUUCUAUGUCUACUACGGCUGGGAAUUCCUGCAGCACACCUACCUCUACCAUUUGCUCCGGAGGGACACCCGUCACAACUUCUCACCUUACUUCUACCUGCUGUAUUUGACGGCUGAAAGCCGCUGGAGUUUGGCGCUGGGGCUGGCUGCCUUCCUGCCCCAGCUGCUGCUGCUUCUGGCUAUCUCCUUCGCCUACCACCGAGACCUGGCCUUCUGCUGCUUCUUGCACACGGCGGUUUUUGUGAGCUUUAACAAAGUCUGCACCUCCCAGUAUUUCUUGUGGUACCUGUCCCUCCUCCCACUGGUGCUGCCUUUCCUGCAGAUGUCCUGGGGGCGGGGGGCAGUGUUGCUAUCGCUGUGGCUCCUGGGACAGGGUCUCUGGCUGCUCCCCGCUUACUUCCUGGAGUUUCAAGGGCAGAAUACAUUUCUGCUCCUCUGCCUGGCGGGAUUGGGGUUCCUCGCCAUCAACUGCGCGAUCCUCGUUCAGAUGAUUUCUCACUACCGUCCAGAGCAGGCCUCCAGAAAAAGGAAGCAGCUGUAAGUCGGCCUGCUUCUUCAAGGCUACGGAGUCACGUGGAUCUGGUUGAACGAAUCAUCAUCAUUUAAUGACCCCAUAAUCCCUUGCGGGGUGGAGUUUGGGCAACUGAAUGGAGACUAGCAGAGCAGUUUAAUGGCCGGAUGCUCUUCCUGUCGCUGAUGCGGAGUUUUGCUCAGCUGAUGUAUUCUCAUUGUGCCCAGAGAAAGAAAUAUCUGCUUCUAUCUAGGAUCAAACUCACAGCCUCCUGAUUGUGAGGCGAGAUCUCCACCUCAAGGCCAUUCCACUACACAUCCGGUUGAACGAAUGAACACAAGAAAUAAAGUUGGUUUGAAAAGAGUUAAGGGAUGAAUAGAAUUUGAGGAAGGGCAGAGAUACUGUUCCACAGUGGCAAACUAAUAAUUUCUAAUGAACAAAUUCGAUUCAAGAUUUGAUUCACGGAAUAGAACGUUUCUAAGGCUUUGUGGUUUUAUAGAUAACUUUUUUCACAACCUUUGUCCAUUCUGAAUAUAUACCCUGUAUGGAUAUAAAAAGAAGAAGAAAAAAACGUAUUACACCAAAAAAGGCUGUUUAGAUGAGAAAGGGUGUGUUGAACUGAAACGGCUUGCUGGGAUUUUAUCUGGAUUUGGCUGAAACCUACGGUUGCAAAUAAAGGUUUUAAA